GUUAGUACUCACUGUGGUUUGGUACCUAUUAAUAUAUUUAAUAUUUUUUUUGUCAAGUGCACAAAACAAAAGCAAUACACUAAAUAAAUAUCCAGCAUAUGUCAUUGACAGGACAAUUUUACAAUGACUUAUAGUUAAGUGGCCAGAUAAUUCCAGGAAUUAUAAAGAGCAGCUACAAUCGGUGUAACAGAAACGAAUGGGGUUCAAAAGAAUCCUGUUUUUGGUAAAAUAAACCCAAGUAAUAAUUCUAAUGGGAUCUUUACAUAUUCUUGCUCAGAGCCAGUGUGAUAUAGUGACUGAAUCUGUGUCAAGUGUGCUGUGAACUUAUGCCCUUGGCUUGUAGAUGGGGAAGCCCAGAGAGGCUGAGUAACAGGGCCCUGGCCACACAGCUGAUAUGACUUUCACUGGUUCUCUAAUUAUCUAUGCAGUAAGAUACACCAUGAGUAAAACACAUUUAGGCACAGCCCUCACCUCUAUGCUUCUUUUGUAGUGUUCAUAAAAUAUAUGUGAUUAUUCUUCCAGUUAUUCAAGCCGAGAACCAAUAAGUCAUUCUUUUUUCCUUCCUAACUCAGAGCCAUGGCCCUCUUCUUGACCCCUUUUCACCACCAUUGUUCAGAAUGACAGCAUUACAUUAAAUGCAAAGCAGCACGUGUCACCUCCGUCCGCAGAACGCCACAGUGUGUUUUGUGUGCAUCUAGCUAAUGCAGAACACAGGUCUAUAGUUUUUCCUAAGGUCUCAGGUAGAGGCAAUCCUGCCCCUCGCUUUAACUUCUAACAUUACUCUGCAAUGGCUCACUUCCUGGCCCUGGCCCUGGCCCUGGCUCAGUGCCAGGCUCUUGGUCCUUUGUGUGUGUUCCCCGUUGGCUGCACUGCUCAGCCUUUUGUGUUGUUGAAUGGCUCUGUCUUGUUUACCUCUGCUGAAAUUCCCUACCAUCUUGGAAGGGCUUCCCAGAUGUCCCGCUCUCAGAUUUUUGUCAUCAUCUCGUUGUAUAUCACUUUCCGAUCUAUAGGAUAUGCUUCCUAGUGUGUUACCUGUCUCCUUGAUCAGGAGCCUGACCCCUGAGAGCAGGGAGCUCAGCCCUUUGCACAUGGCUCUGUCUUCGGCGUGGGGACAGUGCCUGGCAACAGUGACAAACAGUAAGCGUUUGUGGAAUGAAUGAAUCCGGCUGAGCGUGAGCUAAACACACACUAUUCAUGGCUCACGGAAGCAUACUAUUCAAUUUCUACAGGGGCCUUCCUCAAAAGUGUGUCAAACACCAAGAUGAGCUAGCAGGGAUAUAAAAUAGGGCAUGUUGUAAAGGUUGGUGAGAGCUUGCAUGAAUUAAGGAUCUAGCGAGUCACAGGCACUAAACAUACUUUAUACAGUGAAUGACUGAGUCCUUAAUGCCGUAGCCAUUCCAAAAGCCCCAUUUCAGUUAAUAGGCUUAAACUCUUAAUUUGUAAGUACAGCUACCAUCAAGAAGGAUGGCUUAGCAGUUGCCACCAUCUCCUGUUGCAUACCCACUGCAUAAUAAGUAUUGAUUUGCAAUACAUGUGAAGAACGGUUGAGUGGAUAAAUGAGGACGCAGACAAAAUAGAUGAGGAAACUAAAUUUCAAUAGCAACAGGAGAGGAGAAGCAGGAACACUAGUGGAUGUAAAUAGAGAAACAUCUGCUAAUGAAGCAUGGAAGUCACAGUGGAGAUCUGACAUCAGACAAAGCAAGUGUCUCUGUUACCAGGAACUAGGUUAGGGGUUUGAGAACACUGGUGUCAAGAGACAAAGGCCGAAAAGAUUGGAAAACACCUAGAGGGACUAAACUAAAGAUCUGAAUUAGGCUAGUCUUCAUAACCCCUAAAACACAUCAGACUACAGAAAACUGCUUUACAUAUCAUGAAAACAUUUCUGCAGCCAAAUGAAUCCGUUAAAACGAUUUUUUUUUUAAUUUUAUGCUUUGGUAAAACAGCCACCCAAAAACCAAGUAGGUAAAUAAAGUAGAGUUCUCUUAGCUCUGUAAGUAAUUUGAAAAGACAACGUAGGGAGAGUAAGGGAGCUGUGAGAAGGAGGAAGACCAUGAGAACAAGAAAGGAGACAGAGAGUAUGAGUUUCUAGGAAAUAGAUGACAUUAGACAAUACAUUCUUUAGAACCACUGUGUGGGGUUUAAGUGCAUCCAGUGAAGUUUCACAAUUACCUUAAAAGACUCCAUAAUCAACAGCGUGUUUUUCAUCACUCAAGAGCAUCUUGUUGCAUGGAAACUAUAGUGUCUUGUAGCUGAAAGAGACUUUCUAAUCUAAGUCUUCCUCGUAAAACACGUUACACUAUCAAGGGGAAAAUUUGUGAAUUUCCAUGCACAGAAUAUUUUUGACGCCCUCACCCGUUAAGAAGGCACAUCAAGCCUGGCACACUUGGAAAUUAUUUUUAAUCGUUCAUUUUCAAUCUCCUGUACUCAUUCCACAUCUAGGUGUUAAGUGAAAAUAGGAGUUAAUUCUGCAAAGUGGGGAAAACAGAGGAAAAACUAUGCUUAAAAACUGAAGGAACAGCCUCAGUUAUCUGAGACCUUUGGAGCCUAAAAUAUUCAGACCCUCAGAAUGACUGCCUGGCAUUUCGUUUUGCGAGAAGCCUAAGCAACCACAAUAAAUUCACAAAUGCAGACAUACCGCAGUUAAAUUUCAUUUCACGCUCUGUAAGCAAACAUUAUCAGGCGCUAAGCACUGUCCUGCACUGCCCUUUCAGCUCACACUCUUGUUGGCAGUAGAGGGCAGACCCUGAAAUGCUUCACAGACAGAUGAGUUAGCUUAGUCCAUCCACCCUAGCCUAUAAACCAGAAAAUUUACUUUACUCUUUAGGUAUCUACUCAGUAUUAUUGAAUAAAUAACCUAAACAGUCAGCGAUUGGAUGGGAUCAGAUUUAGAUAUUCAAUUAGGACUUAUUCAGGGAAAGACUUUUGGAAAUAUAAGGGUUUUUUUUGUUUUUUGUUUGUUUUUUUUGUUGUUGUUUUGUCUUUUUGUUGUUUGGUUUUACUCUCUGUGUUGGUUUGUCACAGUGCUGAAUGGGGCAUUGUAUGAAUAGGGUUCCCAGCGUGUUAGAGACAGUCAUCCAGAGUGCAGCCGUACUCAAAUUAGGUGAAAAUGCUUAAAAACUGGAAAUUUGUUCUGCAUUCAGCAGUUUUCAACUCUACAUAUGAUAAAUAUGCUUGUAAGAGAAAGAAGAGAAAAACCUGUUUAUAAUUACUUCCGUUCAUGAGUCUAACCUGGUUAUAUAGGCACAGAGUUUUGUGUGUGUGUGUGUGUGUGUGUGUGUGUGUGUGUGUGUGUGUGUGUAGAGCAGCUUUAAUAUAAAGACGACACAAACAUUUAUUCUGAUGUCCCUUUUGCUAUGAUCUUAUUUCCUAUUUGAGGUAUAGAAUAGCUUUUGAUCACAUUUGAAGUUAAAAAUCAUACUACAAGUGACUGCAAAUAUCCAAUCAACUACAUCUUCUGUUGUAGCCAGGCCCUUAAAUGCACUUAUUCAAUAUUAUUAAAGAUAUUUAAAUAGAAUAUUAUCAAGAUGUUUUAUGUUUAAAUUAUGUAUGCAUGAGACACAUAAUCUAUGGAUUUCAUUUAGCAAAGAGGGUGUGAUAAAUCAUUUCUACUAUAAAGCUUGUUACAGUGGUGAGAAUGCCAUCUGUCCUGAGACUGAAGCAUUCCCCGCACUGACUCGCCCACCCUCAGUGUGACGCUGUGUCCUGAGGUCACAGGAAGGCUACCACAGUUCUUGACCUCACAUGCAGACACCACAGUGUCUAAAGGGGCUAGGUUGCUUAGUGUGCUGAAUAUUUAUGAUAGACUGCAUGCUCCAUGCCUGCUUCUCAGACGAGACUGUACCCAUCAUUUAAUGUAAAUAUGCAAAGAAGGGCGUCCUUUAAUUAGCACUCUAGGAGAUUCCGUAGGUUAAAGACUUAAUCAUGAUAGUUGGCCUACUCUUUUAAUAAAAGCGGAUGGAGGACCUAAUUCAAACGCAUACAGAAACCAUGCAAGUGCUUUCUAGGCAGUUGCCUACCUCCCAGGAGGGAAAGAACAAGUGCUUCAGUGUGUGUGCCUGUGUGUCUGUAUGCAUGUGUAUGUUAAUAUGUAUUAGCUAUUCUUGGUUGAAGCAUGUUUGGUUGAAUAAUUUCACCUACUUUGUUUUCUCAUGUGAACACAUUUCUUGCCUUAGAAAUUUAAUAUCGUGCUUUAGUGACCCUUUAGCUCCACUAAAGCCCAGUUGUUACAAUAGUGGCUUUCUGCACAAGAGAGAAGGCUGCUGCCAUUGCUUUACCGGUAAUUAGUGUGUUUGGGGACUAGCUACUCAAAUAUAUCUCCACCGUGGUCUGCAGGCACAGAUGCCUGCAGGGUCCAGAGGUGACUGAGUGAGAGAAUUGAGCCCAGGGGAGUGGACUGUAGCUAAGUGGAAAGCACAGACUUAGUGGUGGAUGUUAGGCUCCCUCAGCUCUUCUCCAGAGUUACUGUGUGGAAUUGGGUCCUGGGUUACCAGAUCUUCUGAUAUUUUAAGAAAAAAAAAUCAAAUAUCUGGUUUAUUUGUGUAAUCUCCUAAGUUAGCUCUUGACCCAGUUUUAUAUGAAACAAAAGCCAAACACUUGGAUAAGCCAAAGAAAAUGUGACCUAGGGAGAUAAUUGUCCCAAUAGCUGCUGUUUGCAGCUAUUUGCCUGGGAACUAACUACCUGUUGAGGCAGCCAAGUGCAGUCACCAGGGAGGACCACUGGCGAGAGUGCCAAGACAGUGAAAGCCUUCCUGUGCUGUGGGGUGGGGCUGUCUCUGCAGAGUUGCAGCCUUCCUCGCUGAGAACAGCACAGCUAUGCUUCAUUAACAUGACAGUUGUCCCGGGCCGCUCAGCAGCAGCUGCACAACAGAAGGGCUCUGCAAAUGCUGUGGUUGGCCUUCACUUGCUAAGCAGACAACUCCGAGGGUAGAGGCUGAGAAAGCAAGCACUCAGACUGUAAACCCUUGAAAGGACUCUUGAAAGGACUCAGGAUUCUGUUCUCUGCCAGCACCCCUGAUGGAACAUUCCUGUCGUGUCAUUUCUAUCUAGACACUCACUUGUGGGUUUCUGGUCCUUCGUGUUGUGGCCACUGGUGCACAGCCACAUUUGUUCAUUAUCUGUGACCCAAGAAGAUUCUGGUUCCUCUCACCUGUUUCCCUAUUCUAAUAAGACCGGCGUACUCUCUGCCAUAACCCUCCAAAUCGAAACUCUAAACUCAUCACAGCCACAUGUUGCAUUUAAGAAAUGUAUUAUUAUAAUCAAGUUCUGACGAAAAUCCUCCAGAAGAGAGAGGGUUGGGAAGUCUGACCCAUAAAGUCUCAUCAACAUGACGGUCUAAAUAUGGGCUGACCAAGGACAGCGGUCAGCACGCCAAAGCAGACAAGGGAAAGACCACGAGGCCUCAACACUAUGUGAGGAACUAUGGGUAACCAAGGAAUGAUGGGUGUGUGCAAAACAGUCUUACUCAUCAGAGAACACACCAACUGGUUACCUAGUACCAAAUGGUUGAAUAAAUAGGUCACUAGAGAAAUGGCUCAGCCGUUAAGAAGCACAUUCAGAAUAGCUGAGUUCUGUGCCCUGAACCCAUGAGAUCAGCUCACAACUGUCUGUAACUCCAGCUCCUGGGAAAAUAACACAUCUCUUGCCUCAUUGAGGAUGUUCUCUCUCUCUCUCUCUCUCUCUCUCUCUCUCUCUCUCUCUCUCUCUCUCUCUCUCUCUUUCUCUCUCUCUCUCUCACACACACACACACACAGAGAGAGAUACACACAGAAAGUCAAACAGACAAACAUAGACACACGCAAUUGCAUGAAAUAAACAACUUGAACAGAAAAAACAGCAAAUAACAAAACUACUCACAAGUGCAGUCUCUACUUCUGAUACGUAGGUUGUGGACAAUUUCACUUGUCUGUGUUGGCUCCUCUGCAAAGGUGGCCGUUCACUACUGUUUGAGAAACGACUCUUAGCGAACACUGAAGGUGAACAUCAGUGAACUUCAGCGGCAAGUUUUAAGUUGCCCCUUGUAAAGGCGCUGUCACUGUGCAAGAGCUCCGCCUCCUCUGAUGAGUGUGUCAGCUGUUCUGGAUUGUAAGGGAGCUCUUAACUACAGGUACAUAGCAUGCACUCUGGCUGCUGUGCUGUUGUAGUUACAGUUGAAGUUGUAUGUAGUUGUGGUUGCAGGUAGAUAAAAUGGGCAUCUGCAUAGUUUCUGGGGGAAACUUGCCAAAUUAAUCACAGCAAGGGGGCUAUUUGCUUGGCUCAAUUAAGAAAAAAAAAAUAGUAUCCAAAUCUUCAAACUCUGUGUCUUCAUUAGGCUUUCUAUUGCUGUAAUGAAACACCAUGACCAAAAGAGCAAGUUGGGGAGGAAAGAGUUUAUUCGACUUAGACUUCCACAGCACUAUUCAUCACUGAAGGAAGACAAGCAGGGCAGGAAGAAGCUGAUGCAGAGAUCAAGGAGGAGUGCUGCUUACUGGCUUGCUCCUCGUGGAUUGCUCAGUCUUCUUUCUUAGGGACCCGGGACCACCAGCCCAGAGAUCCUGGGACAGGAGCACCACCAACAGCACCACCUCCCCUCUCAAUCCCUAAUUGAUCUCAGGCUUGCCUGCAGCCUCAUCUGAUGGAGGCAUUUUCUUAUUUGAGGCUCCUUCCUCUCCGAUGACUUCAGUUUGUGUCAAGUUGACAUAAAAUUAGCCAGCACACCCUGUUUCAAGAACAAUCACAUGGAAAAAACUUGGUAUUUAAUGCAAGUAGCUCUUAGGUAAACUAAAAUAGUAGCAAAAACUGUGCUUUUCUCCCUGCCCCAAUGGUGUUCGGGUGAUAAUUUAGAACAUGAAAAUGGCUUUGCACUUUUUUUUUCUCUAUGGAGGGCUAUGCGCCCUUAUCUAAGUGUUACGCUCAUUUCCCAUUUACUGCUCAUUUCCCAUUUACUGACCUGUUAUUCAAAGUGUAGAUUCCAGACCCUCAAGCUCCUACUUAAUUAUUUUUAAUUGUUGUGCUUUGUUUUGGUUGAGGAAGCCAGAAUAAUAACGAAAGGAUUCAGAAACCAAGGACAGUGAUUUUUGUUGUUGUUGUUUAAAGAUGUUCAUGAAACAUUUUAUGGCAUCUUUUUGUCAGCAUCAUUAAGUUUGUAUUUCUCGCCACAAAUACUACCUUCUCCUCCAGCAUACAAAAUGAGAAACCUUAAAGCACGGGGGAAUUUCAUGGGAUUAUUGAAUGUAACUCCACAUACUUUAGACUGAAAUGUUCCUGGUUGGUAAGUAUUUGACUUCCUAAUAAAAUGGUCCCUGCUUCAUCAUGGGCAAUCUAUAUCUGAAAAGAGAGCCCCAUCUGAAUGUAGAAAAAAGGCAAAUUAUUGCCCGUGAACCUGACAACAGGUAGUGAGAGUCCAACCAGUCCCCCUGGGAUGGCUCCUUGCAAACUUGUUUUGAUAUUGUUAUUGAACAACCAUUAUUCAGUCAGACGCAUUUCUUUAAAUUACAUUUCUGGGAACAAGGGGCUGUGGAAUAUCAUUAGUUUGCUAGGUAACAUCCGACGUGAAUGAUGAAUUAGACUGUGAACCAAAUGGUUUGUUCCUGGUGUUACAAACCUCCAUGCACGUAGAGACCCUAGAGAGGGGAAAGUUACAUACAAUUCAUGCUUAUGCAUGUAACCUCUAGGGGACUUUUGUUCUCUGGCCUCAAGUAUUUUUUAUAGAGUUGUUGCUUGUUUUCUUUUCUUUUCCUUUUUUUAAAAGUUGUUCGUGAUUUUUAAAGAUACGGAUAAAGGCACAGACACAUUUAAAAAUGUUUUCCCCUUUAAGAAUUCAGUUCCUGCCCAAAGUUUGGCUAUGAGUCUCAGCAUCUCUUUCGAUACCCUGCUAGGUAGUCUUUCAAAGGCCCUCUGUGGUAGGCUUCUGUCCUGGAAUGUUAUGAAAGAAGGGGGAGAUGGAAGACCUGGAGGAGACAGGAGCUCUACAAGGAGAGCAACAGAAUAAAAAAAAAAUCUGGGCACAGGGGUCUUUUCUGAGAUUGAUACUCUAAUCAAGGACCAUGCAUGGAUAUAACCUAGAACCCUUGCUCAGAUGCAGCCCAUCACAACUCAGUCUCCAAGUGAGUUUCCUAGUAAGGGGAACAGGGGCUCUCUCUGACAUGAACUCAGUGGCUGGCCCUUUGAUCACCUCCCCCUGAGGAGGGGGCAGCCUUAUCAGGCCACAGAGGAAGAAAAUGCAACCAGUCCAGAUGAGACCCGAUAGGCUAGGGUCAGAUGGAAGGGGAGGAGGACCUCCCCUUUCAUUGGACUGGGGGAGGGGCAUGGGAGGAGAAGAGGGAGAAAGGGCAGGAUUGGGAGAGGACGAGGGAGGGGGCUACAGCUGAGAUACAAAGUGAAUAAACUGUAAUAAAAGAAAAAAAGAAAAAAAAGAUAAAAAGGAAUCCAGUUCCCUCUGCCUUUUAGCUCAGCUGUUUUAUUGUUAAGCAGCCUGACUCCUCAGCCUGAGCCACACUUGAGGUCCAUGCCCUCAAAGUUGGAUUAUUUGUGUUCCCUUUCUCUGAAACCAUGCAGUUUCCUUUAUUUGCUGUUACUAAGCCUAUGAGAAGCUUCUCUAAGAGGCGCAUUUUCAUAUUUAGAUCAAACAGCGAUUGGAAUACAUUAGUGCCCAGUGGGUAAACGUGCAGUUGGAAAGCAGCUGCUGAGCCGUCUCCCUGCUGCUCCAAUUAACACAUACUGCACACACAGUCGGCGAGAGAGCGGUGCCUAUGGAUGGAACCACUUCGCAGAUCACCAGUGCGGCUGGCCAGAGAGCCCGAAGGGUUAACCAGCCUCCCCUUUUCCUAAACUGCAGCUUUCUAGGAAGUUUUCCAUGCCCCUGCUGUGCUUUGAGCAAAGGAAUGCUAAUGGGAGGGAGUCGGAUUAGCAGGCGGGGAAAGCCAGGUCGCUCCUUGCGUUGGUUCAGCCCGCUGACUGGUGCUCUUCCCCACCCCCGCCCGGGUGAUGGAGGUGUUGGGUACUGACAUCUUAGUGCCGGGACGCCUCUCGCUUCCAGCUGAACAUCUUGAACUUUUGUUUGGUUUGGAAACAAGUUGAAGCCCAUAGUCCUGCUGUUUUAUUUUCCUCUUUAGUUAUUAUCUUACUUUUAUUAUCAUCUUACUUUCUUUCUCUGCCCCACCCAUCCUAUAAAAAAAAAUAGUAGAUUUGACAGUUUCUUGGGCUAAAUGAGAAGUCUCAUCAAGAUACUCCCAUACCGCUGUUAUGUUUUCCCUUGCUGUGGCUGAACUCUCAGCCCUGAGGGGCACAGGGAGAAAGGCUGGAGGGUAAUGUGUCCCAGUCCCCGGGCUUGGUGAGGGUCAUUCAUGCUCCACCGGCUGGCAGAGCAGCUGGGCUGUCCGCUCUGCUGCUGGCUGCGCAGCGCUGCCCCGGGAGCCAGUCAUGGAUCGCUUCCUGGGAUUUGUCAAGCAGAUUCGGAGAUCUAGAAGAAGAAAGGGGAAAAAGUACCGGCCAGAAGAGGAUUACCAGGAGGGCUAUGAGGAUGUUUAUUACUACGCUUCCGAGCAUUUUCGAAAUGAGAGUCCCUACAGUAAAUCUGCCAGCCAGACAAAGCCGCCCGAUGGAGCAUUGGCUGUGAGGAGACAGAGCAUCCCAGAGGAAUUCAAGGGCUCCACCGUGGUGGAACUGAUGAAGAAGGAAGGAACCACGCUUGGCCUGACGGUAUCAGGAGGAAUUGAUAAAGAUGGCAAGCCGAGAGUGUCCAACCUGCGGCAGGGAGGAAUCGCUGCCAGAAGUGACCAGCUGGACGUGGGUGACUACAUCAAGGCGGUGAAUGGGAUCAACCUGGCCAAAUUUCGCCACGAUGAGAUCAUCAGCUUGCUGAAAAAUGUUGGGGAGAGAGUGGUUCUGGAGGUCGAGUACGAGCUUCCGCCGGUCUCUGUGCAAGGAUCGAAUGUUAUGUUCCGGACAGUAGAGGUCACUUUGCACAAAGAAGGCAACACCUUUGGUUUUGUCAUACGAGGGGGAGCGCAUGAUGAUAGAAAUAAGUCUCGUCCGGUUGUGAUAACCUGUGUUCGUCCUGGAGGGCCUGCUGACAGAGAGGGCACCAUCAAACCUGGAGACAGGUUGCUCAGCGUGGAUGGAAUUCGGCUUCUUGGAACUACCCAUGCUGAGGCCAUGAGCAUUCUUAAACAGUGCGGACAAGAAGCAACGCUGCUCCUGGAGUAUGAUGUCUCCGUCAUGGAUUCUGUUGCAACAGCAUCCGGGCCACUACUAGUUGAAGUUGCCAAAACUCCUGGUGCCAGCCUUGGAGUUGCCCUAACUACCUCCGUGUGCUGUAACAAACAGGUCAUCGUCAUAGACAAAAUCAAAUCUGCAAGCAUCGCAGACAGGUGCGGGGCCCUGCACGUGGGGGACCACAUCCUCUCCAUCGACGGCACGAGCAUGGAGUACUGCACACUGGCCGAAGCCACCCAGUUCCUGGCCAACACCACUGACCAGGUCAAGCUGGAGAUCCUCCCCCACCAUCAGACCCGCCUGGCCCUCAAGGGCCCUGACCAUGUGAAAAUUCAGAGGAGCGACAGACAACUUCCCUGGGAUCCGUGGGCCAGCAACCAGUGCAGCCUUCACACCAACCAUCACCAUAACACGCAUCACCCAGACCAUGGCAGAGCGCUGCCAGCUCUGACCUUCCCGAAAGCGCGUCCUCCAAACAGCCCUCCGGCUAUGGUGUCCUCGUCCUCUCCUACCUCCAUGAGCGCGUACAGCCUGAGCUCCCUGAACAUGGGGACCUUACCUCGAAGCCUCUACUCCACUAGCCCACGAGGAACCAUGAUGAGGAGGAGACUGAAAAAGAAAGACUUCAAAAGCUCAUUGUCUUUAGCCUCCAGCACUGUGGGAUUGGCCGGACAGGUUGUUCACACGGAAACCACAGAGGUUGUGCUGACGGCUGAUCCUGUCACGGGCUUUGGAAUCCAGCUGCAGGGCAGCGUGUUUGCCACAGAGACGCUCUCCUCCCCGCCUCUGAUUUCCUAUAUUGAAGCUGACAGCCCAGCAGAGAGAUGUGGGGUGCUACAGAUUGGAGACAGAGUAAUGGCCAUUAAUGGAAUUCCAACAGAAGACAGCACCUUCGAGGAAGCCAAUCAGCUUCUGCGAGAUUCUUCCAUCACAAGCAAAGUCACACUGGAAAUUGAGUUUGAUGUCGCAGAGUCUGUAAUCCCAAGUAGUGGAACGUUUCAUGUAAAACUGCCUAAGAAGCACAGCGUGGAACUUGGAAUAACCAUCAGUUCACCAUCCAGUAGAAAACCAGGGGACCCUCUUGUCAUUUCAGAUAUCAAGAAAGGCAGUGUGGCACACAGGACUGGAACUCUAGAACUUGGAGACAAAUUGCUCGCAAUAGAUAACAUCCGGUUGGACAACUGUUCCAUGGAAGACGCAGUCCAAAUCCUCCAGCAGUGUGAAGACCUGGUGAAGCUCAAAAUCCGCAAAGAUGAAGAUAACUCAGAUGAGCAAGAAAGUUCCGGAGCGAUUAUUUACACCGUGGAGCUGAAGCGCUAUGGGGGGCCCCUUGGCAUCACGAUUUCAGGAACUGAAGAGCCGUUUGAUCCUAUUAUCAUCUCGAGCCUCACUAAAGGGGGAUUAGCUGAAAGGACUGGAGCGAUCCACAUUGGAGACCGAAUCCUAGCCAUCAAUAGCAGCAGCUUGAAGGGGAAGCCUCUGAGUGAAGCCAUCCACUUGCUACAGAUGGCGGGAGAGACUGUCACCCUGAAAAUUAAGAAGCAGACAGAUGCCCAACCGGCAUCAAGUCCCAAGAAGUUCCCUAUCACCAGCCACUCGAGUGACCUAGGAGAUGCCGAAGAGGAACCCUCCCCGAUACAGAAGCCUGGCAAGCUCGCUGACGUGUACCCCUCCACUGUGCCCAGUGUGGACAGUGCUGUGGACUCCUGGGAUGGGUCUGGACUAGAUGCCAGCUAUGGGAGUCAAGGCACGACUUUUCAGACUUCAGGAUACAAUUUCAACACCUAUGAUUGGAGGAGUCCAAAACAGAGAGGCAGCCUGUCCCCAGUCCCCAAGCCUCGAAGCCAGACUUACCCAGAUGUGGGGCUGAGUAAUGAAGACUGGGAUCGGUCCACAGCCAGUGGCUUCACAGGGGCUUCUGACAAUGCAGAGGCUGAGCAGGAGGAAAACUUCUGGUCUCAAGCACUGGAGGACCUGGAGACCUGCGGCCAGUCGGGGAUCCUUCGAGAGCUUGAGGAGAAAGCCGACAGGCGUGUGUCAUUGAGAAACAUGACUCUCUUGGCAACAAUCAUGUCGGGGAGCACUAUGAGUUUGAAUCAUGAGGCUCCAACCGCUCGCAGUCAGCUGGGGCGACAGGCCAGCUUCCAGGAACGGAGCAGUUCACGGCCACACUAUAGCCAAACAACUCGAAGCAACACCCUGCCCUCAGAUGUGGGCAGGAAGUCUGUAACCCUGAGGAAAAUGAAGCAAGAAAUAAAGGAGAUCAUGUCCCCAACUCCAGUGGAACUUCACAAGGUGACCUUAUACAAGGAUUCAGGCAUGGAGGACUUUGGGUUCAGUGUGGCAGAUGGCCUGCUGGAGAAAGGGGUGUAUGUCAAAAAUAUCCGCCCAGCUGGGCCAGGUGAUCUUGGUGGCUUGAAGCCCUAUGACAGGCUCUUACAGGUUAAUCACGUCCGGACGAGAGACUUUGACUGCUGCCUGGCCGUGCCGCUCAUAGCCGAAUCUGGCAACAAGCUGGACCUGGUUAUUAGCAGAAACCCGCUGGCCUCCCAGAAGUCAGUAGAACAGCAGGCUCUGCCGGGAGACUGGAGUGAACAGAAUAGUGCUUUCUUCCAGCAGCCCAGCCAUGGCGGUAAUCUAGAGACACGAGAACCCACUAAUACAUUAUAGCAGUACUUUUAUAAAACAGGACAAAAGACGAUAUCUACAUGGUGCUAAACAAACAAACAAACAAACAAACAAACCCUUUAAGAUUUCUGUGACAGCUGAAGCACAGAGAGUCACGUGGCAUUAACUGCAAGCACAGGCGUCUUUUAACUCUCCCUCAUGGCUCAUGUUCACAUCCCUUCCCAAACUUGAAGAGGUUUCUUUUACAAUGAGCACUCCAGCAAGUGUCAGGUCAUUUUCUGCCGGGCCCAACGGUGGAGAAUAAGGAGGAAGGCAGCCCACCCCUUCCCACAGUUAAGAUCAGAGCAAGUUUUUUACAAUUCACCUUACUGUCACUCUCUACAGAGGGAAACAUCUGUUUGAAAAUAUUCUGAUGACUUCCUGAAUGAAGUAAGUUUCUCACUAGCAUAAAAACACGAGCGACAUGGAUUUCCAUAAAGCCGGCUCUGCUAGCGAGCUAGGAUGGGUGAAGCACUAGGCCUGCCGCAGUGGGAGGGGCACAGGUAUAACAUUAGGUUUUUCUUAAAAUGUUUCAGCAACAAUGCACGUAGGAGACCAUAAUAGGUGGUGGUAAAUGUUUUGCCCAACUAUAGGAAUGAUUUUAACUAAGAUGUAUGCUAUUCCCUAUGCAACAAAUGAUCAAACAGGAUAUGUCUUGUGACCUGUUUUUUUUUUUUUCAAGGACACUUUUUUUUUUUUUAAAUAGCUGAAAAUCUCUGAUAAUGAACUAGAGUAUGUAGUAACACUGGGAAUUAGUGAUAUGAUCCUAUUUUUAAAAUCCAAGAGUAAGAAUUUAAGAAUGAAUGAAGAGUCUAAUGAAAUAAGGUUCACACUAUGGGUAGGCGAAUAGACCUCAUCCAGCUCAGAUGUCCGCAGACUGGUACACUGAGGGGCACAUAGCACAGGUUCUCAAUGACAGCUUUUGUUCUGAGCCACGCCACUUGCCGAACUUGUAAAUACAUUCCCACAAAACUCAUUGCCAAUCAUGACCCCCAAAGCAAUAAACUGUGACAGUUGCUUUAAAUGUUUGUUGGCAACUGUUUUCAUUUGUUCAGAUAUUUUGAAUAGCUACACUAAUAACUGUUAUUUGGUAAAUAUUAAAAUAAUAGAUCUGUAUAUUGAUGGUAGAAUGUUGAAACAAUUAUUUUCCAAACAUGUUCAUUUUGGUCACUAAUACACACACACCCACACAGGCAAAAUAUCCAAACACUGUGUCCUUUGUUUAAGGGAAAUGAUUCAUCUUUCUUUUUUGUGCAAAGAAAUACAUGAUUCCAAACACAUUUCAGAACUGCCAGGGCAAGAAAGUAUAGAACAGAAUCACGUUAAGGAAAAAAAUAAAAAUAAAAAGAUCAUGAGUCACUUAAAUAUGUAUUUUUGUUUGUAACAAACAAGUAUUAAACUGUAAAGUAUUUUUGUACAAAUUUAAUACUUUAAUAGCAUGGUAUUUAUCGUCUAUGUAUGGUUUUGGGGAAUUCAAAAUUGUUGCAAAUAUUUGUAUGGAAAAAAAAAUCCUCUACCAAAUGGAAUAAACAGUGAUUUUAAAAAGCCAAAAUAAAAUAAAGAAAAGACCUGCA